UGGAAAAAUGUUUCGUUUCGUUCCGCUAGAUUUAGGAUUAUCCCAUACUACGUGAAGAUUUCUUAAUAUUUUAUCUUCUAUAUAAACCUCCACAUUACUUUUAAGGCUAUUCUAGUUUUGUCUAUAUCUUCAGCUAUAAAAGUCUAGUCAGUGAGGAGUUAUGGCUGCAGGUCGAUAUCUACUCGCAGGAAUCGCAGUAUUUCUGGCUCUCUCUGCAUCACAGGCCCAAGAACCAGGAUCGCUUUCUAGAAUAGGUGAUGGAGAUGAAGAAUAUAGAGGAAACAAUGGCCCGAUGCAGCUUAGAUUUAUGGACGGACCGUACGAAAGGGGUCCGCCAAAUCAAGCUGAAUGGGCGCCUCCACCAGAGGAGGAAACGCCUCCACCGAAUGAGCCAGAACAAGAAGACCCGAUUAUGACGUAUCCUUAUCCGAAUGAGCCUGACUACGUCGCUAUACCAGAUGAACCAGAAUCAGACCCAGGUCAAAUUGAACCUGAUUAUGCUACAGUACCAGCGGAGCCAAUAGCGGAUCCGCCCGGCAUAUUUGGCCCAGGGAUCUACCCCUACACCACCGAGUCAGAUUUCCCAGUGCCGUUCGUCAUCAGCCCCAGAGAUCCGGAGCCUGUGAAUAUUCCAGCAAUAAACCCAAACCUAUGCUGUCGAGUGUACCGCAGCCAUAGAGAAACUGCAUCAAACGACGAUAACUUAUCUGCUCAAGGGAAGUAAUCGAAAGUAACUCUAGGAGCAGCCCUCAGCACUAAUCUACCAUCAAUUCACAAACGUUUAAAAGAAAUUUUAUUUAGCAAACAAUUUGUAGAAAAAUGUCAUCAGUUAACGACAAUUUGCUCUUUACUGACUCAAUGUUUUAGGAAUAAAUUUACGAUGCAAGAUUUUAA